AUGGUGCUUGUGGAGCUACAUCAGGCUACCUGGUCGACGAGUGGCACCGUGAGCACGCGCCUCGUGUGCCAAGUUUGCAAUUUUCUCAAUAGCAUCAUCGACACGCACUGCGGGCAUUGCAGGACGCCCUUGCCGGGGGCGACCGCAAAGCUCAAGAUUUUGCUCAAGCGCGUGGAGGUGGUGCAGUCCAAGGGCGGGGCGAGCGACGCUGCCGUCGUGUGCCAGGUCUGCGAGACGCUGAACGCCAUGGCGGACGCUGUGUGCAGGGACCCCGACUGCAAAGAAUCACUUCCAAACGACGCCGAGAAGCUCUGCAUCCUUGUCCGCCGCAUCGAGCUUGUCAAGGAAGCGCCACAGCCAGCCUGA